AAGUCCUGGGCGGGGCUUAGCUAAGCCGGGUGGACACGGGGAGGGCGUGAGGCAUCAGUGGGUGCGGCAGAGCGAUGGCGGCGCGGCUGGGUCCGCACGAACUGCUGCACGUCUUCUCUUUCCUGGAGGCUCGGGAUCUGCUCUCCGCAGCGCAGGUGGACAAGGUCUGGAAUGAGGUUUCAAAGACCAAGGAACUGUGGAGGCAGUUGUGUCUGAGACGCUGGUCCUCCAGCAAAGCCUCCCAGGUGGUCCUGGGCACACAAAAAUGGAGACAGUAUUAUCUUUGUCGAUCUGAGCUGGAGUUCCGAAUGGAGUCUGGGCGACCAGAGAAAGACUUCAUCUGCAGAGCCAUUUCCGGACACACAGGAGAGAUACAUGGGUUGUCUUACAUCUCAGUUAGUGAGUACCAGUUUGAUGGCGGGAAGAAGUCCGUGGUUUGCACUGUGUCUUCAGACUGUACUGUGCGUGCCUGGGAUUUGCAUGAGGGUGUGGAGAUUUGGUCAAGCCCUGUGCAGCCUGCCGCCCUGGUGAAUCUGGUGACCUACCCUCAGCUGCAGCUGGUGGUUACUGUGGAUGAGCGGGGAUUGAUCAAAGUGUGGAAAGCGGAAAAUGGGUGGGAGUGUGCGUCCUUCUGCCUACCAACACUCUCGUCUGCAUUGGAGGCCUGCAACCAUCCCGAGGGCCCCUUUUUGCUGGCGGCCAGCGCCGAGGGCGUCCUCUACGUGCUGACAGUGCCGCCACUCCAGGUGGUCUCCACAGUGACCUUGUUCCCUCACCACUCUGUGAGUCUCCUCUGCUCACCUGACCACCAGUGGGUGUUUGCUUCUGUGCAGGAUUCAGACCUGAGCCCGAAGGUGCUCUCCACUCACACCUUGCUGCACCCGUCAGAAGACGAACCUCCUGUCUGCUCCACCCUCCCUAUCCGGCACAGUUCCAGAGCCUGCUGGGCUCCCGAGGAGGCAGCCAGGCUGACUGUGAUGCACAAGAAUGACAAUAGCAUGCAGCUGGUGGUCACUACCUAUGAGCUGGGGGCCCAGAAGUCCAGGGACCGCAUGGACAUUUUGGUAAAACAGAUCGCCAGUUUCCUCUUGCCGGACACCACGAGGCCUCCUCACCUCAUGAAGGGCCAUGGCUCUCAGGUUAUCCUGCUGGUGUCUGGGUCAGAGCUGGUGCUGUUCACUGUCCACGGCCUGCAGCUGGCAGCCUUCCAGGACCACCAGAGGCCCAUCAUGGCCAUGUGGGUGGACUCGAGCUGUGUUGUCACCUCCUCCUUUGAUCUCUCCCUGCGAGUCUACAUGUGGAAUAAAGAGAAUAAGCUCCCAGUCCUCAAGAGCUGCUACCACUUGCUUGGAGGAUCCCACAGGUGGGCCAGUGGAUUCACGCACGUGGAGAGUGACAGCAUGAGCAUCGUUGGGGUGGAAGCCAGAAGCACUGGAACAAGUAUUCUGAGGGUGUACCACUUCAGAGUGCAGCGUGGCUCAGAAGAGUGCGUCACUGACGAUGGUGUCACUUCGAGAACGAACUCGCAUAUAUGCAGAGACUAACGCAAUCAUGUUGUCAAAGGAACUAGUACAUCUCAGAUGCCUGCUGUGUGCCAAGCACUGUGCAUUGUGACUGUGCUUUUAAAUCCUCACAAAAAACUAAUAGAGGUAUCCUCUCUGUUUUGAUUUGUUUUGUUUUGAGCGAUUUGCUAUAGGGCACAUGUGCUCACCAGAGAGACAGUGAGAAAUCACAGCCCCACCCACCCUGGUGGGGAUUGCGCUGCUGCAGUCCUUUCUCCUCCAUUCUCUUGGGAUUUGGGGCAUACAUGUCCAGUGUGAGUCUCAGGCCAUGUGGGAGUCCGCAUCUUAGCUGCUAUGCUACCUGCUGGCUCCUUUCUCUGGCUUCAGACAAGAAAAAUGAAAUAUAAAAGAAGCAUAAUUAACCCAUUUUUGGCCUCAUUCUUUUCAGCUGCUAAGCAACUUGGCCAAGAUUAUUCAUAUAGUAAGUGGCAGAACAAAGCUGCAUGAAUCGGGGUACUGGAAAGCCCAGGUUUCAAGUACCAGGAUUGUAACACGAUUGUUUUGGUUGUCCAAGUAUGUAAUGAAGUAAUUUUGUUUUCCUGUGGCCUCGUAACAACCCAUUUUUAAAUUAUUAUUUUACAUUUAAUCACUAUAUAUCAUCACAGCAUACAAGAUGAGUUUCCCAGCAUGAAUACACUAUUAUUCAUUCAGUCAAAACUGUUACCACACAUAUUAUCAGUAGGUACUUUUCCAUUUUUGGGUCCCUUACAAAUUUUCCUUUUUUCUUUUUCCCCUCGAGUCCCUCCCUCUCACCCUCCCCCAUUUCCCACCCUCCUCCCACACUGCCUCUGGUACCACAGUUGCUCUCCACGUUUUUGUGCCUUCCACUCUUUUAGUUUCUGCCCUAGAGUGCAUACAUAGAGUGCAUGUAUAUUAAGCGGGACAUACAAUAUGAUAGUAUCUUUAACUGGACUAAUAUGCAGUAUAUUAAUGCUGGGAAAAUUCGUUCUGCAUGCUAUAAUGAAUUUAUAUAUAGUGAUUGAAUGUAUAAAAAGUUUUAAAUUAAAAAAAAGCCUCUCUUUCAUAGUCUGGUUU